AGGAGGAGGUGGAGGAAGAGGAGUGCCCGCAGACGCUGCUUUCGUCGUCGUCGCCGUCCGUCUCCAGCCCGGGAUCCGGUUUUCCUCCUUGCUGCAGCCCGGAGAGGUAGAAGUCCGCCAGCAGGGCCGGGAGCUGGACCAGCGACUGCAGCAGGACUCCGAGCAUGGAGCCGAUCACGUCCUGGAGCGAGGAGAGAGUCAGCGAGUGGCUGCAAGGUCUGGAUGCACCCCUGCAUCAGUACCCGGUCUCGGAGUGGCACCUGUCAGGUCUGGAUCUGCUCCAGUUGACUUCUCAGGAACUGGAAAAGUUGGGCGUCCGCAAGAUCGGACACCAGGAGCUCAUACUGGAGGCCGUGGAGAAGCUCUGCUCUCUGACGUACGGCAUAGGUGGAGAGAACCUGCGAGGUCUCACGGAGAAGCUGCGCGCCGUCGCCCACACCCUCCAGAUGGGCAUCCAGAGCCGCUGGCGCCGCAACAGCUACGAUGGACGGAGCGCCACCAAGCUGUCGGCCGGGGUUCUGCAGGUUGUUGUGGAGCUCAUCACCUCCGCCAAAGGACUCUUCUUUCUGCUCAACAGGUAUCAGUUUAUACAGCUAAGUGGAACCACCUCCACCAAGAACAUAUUCAGCUACUGCAGGGAGCUCGGAGAAAUCGUCCACAAGGAUUCCACCGUCUAUGACAAGGAGAAGGACAUCAUCUCUGUAUGCCGUCAGUUAGUGGAGGUGUGCGAUGAGAUCCUGAACUCCAGCGCCGAGACGCUUCUCACCCACACUACUCAGCUGGAGAGCGUCGACCUAGUGCCUGUGUCACCGGGUGAUCAGCUGGGGAUUGAGAUAACGUCCACCGGCUCCAGUAACCACUACGUGACCGGCACUGCUGUUGAGCCUUUGAAUGAUGAUGUGUACGUGAGGAUCCUGGCUGGUGAUGAGGUGAUUCAAGUCAACAACCAGAUAGUGGUGGGCUGGAGCAGGGCGAACCUCGUGAAGAAGCUGCAGGAGAAUCCCAGGGGAGUGACCCUGGUCCUGAAGAAGAUCCCCGGCUCAUUGCGACGCAAAGACCAGGUCCCACAAGUCACCGUCACACAGAAAGAGGAAGAGGAGGAAGACGAGAGGUCAGGGGAGGACGAGGAAGGGGAGGAGGUGAAUCCAAGGCACUCCAUAUUUGAGAGGGUCGCAGCCUCUGUCAGGUCCCUGUCUUUUAGGAAGGCCAUUCAAGGGCCGGAGGUGCAGCAGCCGCCUAUGGGACAGGAGGAAUCAGAGUUGUCGUUUGAUAAAGAGGUGGAAGGGAGUGUGACACUCACUUCCAGUCAGAGGGGGCUGUCACCGCUGUCGGCCUCAGGGGACUUUGAGGGUCUGGGCAGUUCACGGCUCUCACCAAGACUCAGAAGAGACCAGUCCCGGUCGCCGUCGCCCAGAAGUCCUUCGCCCCUGCAGCUCGGGUCGUUCAGAAAUUCUUCGCCUAACUUAGCCAAUCAGGACACAGCGAGCAUCACUUCCUGUCCUGAGAUGGUGGGCCGCACGGGGAGUAAAGAGAGCAAGAAGAGCUCGACAAAAGGAAUGACGACGGCGCUCAGUCGGCGCCGCGUGUCCUGCCGCGAGCUGGACCGACCCGACUGCGACGGCUGGCUGUGGAAGAAGAGGAAGGAGAGCAGCGUCUUCCUCGCCCACAAGUGGCAUCGCUUCUGGUUCGUCCUCACAGGGCCUACGCUCUACUGGUACACCAGUCAACAGGAUGAGAAGGCAGAGGGCAUGGUCAAUAUCUCCAGCUACAACAUAGAGAGCGCCGGAGAGCACAAGAGAAAAUACGUGUUCAAAGUGUGCCACCCGAGGUUUCACAACUUCUUCUUCGCUGCCGACAACGUCAGCGACAUGAGCAAGUGGAUCAACUGUCUGAUUACAUCCAAACAGAUUCACAAGAAGCUCAGCAAAGGCCCUGAUAGUGAAGAGGAAUGUUACAGUGAGACUGAAUCAGAGAGCGAGACAUCUCCUUCACCCCGCAGAAGAAACAAGAAGGUGCAGUCCAACACUCUGCCUCGCCCCAAGGGGAAGACGACCAAGCUGCCAUUAGCAAGUUCCACAACAGGGGGCAGCAAAGGAGCAGGCGUCCCAGAGGAUGAGAUGGGCAAGAUGAUAAACAACAUAAAGGAGGGAGGAGUUUCUCUGAUUGGCCACGAGCAGCCGCUAACGCACGACCACUUCAGGAAGUCGUUCAUUCGACGCAACAAGAACCCCGUCAUUAAUGAGAAGGCUCACACGCUGCGGGCCCUGCAGAGCACUCUGAAGGCCAAAGAGGCGGAGCUGCAGCAGAUCAACAAGGUCCUGGAGGACUCCGGCCUCACGGCCUCAAAGUACCGUCAGUGGAAGCAUCAAAACGAAGCAAUAGUCCAAGAAAUCGAGAAACUGACCACGCUGGGGUCGUCCAAAAGUGGGGUCGACGCGGGGGGGCAGCACGUGCCCGCCGAGGAGGUUGCCUUGGAUACCGUUGCCAUGGAAACGGCCGCCACGGAAAUGCCCUCCGUAGAGACGGUCGACACGGAGACGGUCGACACGGAGACGGUCGACGCGGAGACGAAGAGCGCGUACAGACUGAGCCUGAGUGAAGGAGAGCAGCUGGUGGACGCAGAGGCGUCUGACGUCCUCCUGGAGAUCCCACCGGACUCUCCCAGCACGGACACCAGUUCAGUGUUAGAACUCUCCCUGGGGUCGCUGCAGGAUUCCAUUAACCAGCAGCUGACCGAGUUGAUGGACAGCGGAGAGGCCGCAGAGAACUAUUUCUACAUUUAAGCGCGAGCUGCCGCAAAUCACGCCGCUGCAGAGUUGCUCUAUUUAAAGAAAAUCAAGCUGCUCUGUCGUGCAACAGGGCGAGAGGUGGACCCCACCGUGUGUCUGCUGACCUUCACCUGAAAUGAUUUGUUCAAUCUGCCACGAAAUCAAGUUUAUCAGUGAGAUGCAUCAGUGCACGCUUCUUAUAAGAAACUAAUUUAACUUUGUACUUGCUCAAAACCAAUAUGACGAGUUUACAGCAGAGAGAUGGACAAUAUUUGCCAAGUGAUGUUCUGAGUUCAGUAUAUUGUUCAUCAUUGUUCUUAUGAUAAAAACAAUCUCAAGUAGAACUUUUCUUAGAAUUCAAUGAUAGUUUGUAAAAUAAAUCAUGCCUCUUUGUACCAAUGUGACAUGUAAAUACACUUUUACUAUUGAUGCUGUAUGUAUUUGUUUAUUACCUUAAUAAAGGUGUAGAUCUGAAA